AAAAUUAUGUACAUACAUUAGGAGUUCAAAAUUAUAUUUCUUACAUGAGGAAAUCAGUACAAAGUACGGAAUAGCCGGCGAUAUAAAUACAAUGAAAAAGCGCGGUAGAUGACUGUGCGUGCUAGAUGAUAAUGCACGAUCGGUUCAUCGAUUCAGUUGCUUCGAGGGUAAAAUUGAACGGUGAAAUCUUGUAUAAUAAAAUUGGCGAAUUACAAAACUGUUAGUACUGUGCCUACUGCGCCUAUCAUGGGUCUCUUACAGGAUAUAUCGCAUUAUUGGACAGAACAAUUGGAUCCACGAGUGGCUGAUUUACUAUUCGUCGCUUCUUCCUAUCAAGUACCACUUAUAAUAUUUGCAUAUUUAUACUUCGUACUCGUCUGUGGGCCUCGAUUCAUGAAGAACAAGUCGCCAUAUUCAUUGGAGACGUUUAUGAAAUUAUAUAACAUAGUCCAAAUUGUGGGAAACGGAUGGUUAUUAUAUGAUUGUAUUAACGUUGUUUGUGAAAAAUGCAUAUUACUAUUUCCUGUUGAAAAUAUUAGACUGUGUCGAGACGGGUAUAUUUAUAUUAAGAAAGAAGGACAAUCAGGUGUCCGUUCUACAUUUAUACCAUCAUGUAUCUACCUUAUUUUUAACGUGGGCAGGCGUAAGAUAUUAUAUUGUCGUUCCCAUGAUAUUUAUAAGCAUGCUAAACAUCUUUAUACACACCAUAAUGUACACAUACUACUUCCUAGCGGCCUACGGACCAAAUGUUCAAAAAGCUAUUGCACCUAUGAAACGAUGGAUAACUAUAGCACAAAUGGUGCAAUUUGUUGUGAUAAUUUUGUAUACAUCACAUCCACUCAUACUAGGUUGCAAGGUAGUGAAUAAUUGGAUUAUUAUAAUAUUUAUUAUAGAUGUCUUGAUAAAUUUCUAUUUAUUUUAUAAUUUUUAU